AACACAACCAACAUUGAUAACACAACUUGAGUCUGAAAUUACACUGCGACAUGUCCUCACAAACUACAAACCUCAGACAAGGCGAUAAUCAAUAUCAUGCCAAAUGGAACAAAAAUUACUGCUGCCGUUUCGCACGGUAUAUCUGCUUGGGCGAGAAUUACACGUAUCUCAGUAAUUUUGAAGGAUGGCACCCCCAAAACGUACUUUCUCAAGGUAAGCUUGCAAGCGCAUAUUUUCUUGCGUAAUGGGCUAAUAUCUAUAGUGCGCGACACGCGAUACUUCACGGGCAUUGAUUGAAGGAGAAUACCAUUCCGUAGUAGCAAUUGAUUCACUGGUUCCAGGAUUAGUUCCGAAAGCUAUUGGUUGGGGUAGUUAUGGAACUAGCGGAAGAACGACUUUUUUUUACCUUGGGGACUUCGUGGUUAUGGAUCUUGAUUCGCCACCAGACCCGACUCGCUUCGCUUCCUUAAUAGCCGAACUUCGUAAGUACUCAUGUGAUCCCUGAGCUACGAAGUUUAUUGACUCAAAAUAUAGACCGAAAAGGGGCUUCGCUAAAUGGGCUCUUUGGGUUUCCCGUAGCAACAGUCUGUGGAAAAAUGCAACGUCCGGUUUCUUGGGAACAGAGUUGGGCAAAGUCAUUUACCAAUCACCUACAAGCCAUUAUCGACUAUGAUAACAAGGCCAAUAAGCCUUGGCAUGAAUAUGAUGCUGCAUGUAAACAACUCAUCGAAGUCGUGAUACCCCGACUGCUAGGAGUUCUUCAGACUGAAGGCCGUCAGAUUACCCCAACAUUAAUUCAUGGAGAUUUGUGGGAGAACAAUAUUGGAAUUGACAAGGAGACUGGCAACAUCAUUCUUUUCGACCCAGGCUCAAUUUAUGCACAUAAUGAAAUGGAGUUUGGAACUUGGAGGUGUUCAUGGGCAACUCAUUUCAAAUCACCAGAGUAUCAACAGCUGUACAAACAACACAUUCCGCCUUCGGAACCAGUUGAAGAGUGGGACGAUCGAAAUCGACUUUACAGUAUACACCCGAACCUCAAUGGUUCUGCGGGUCAUCCAGGGAGCAACUCUCGACAGAUAUAGGUGCUUCUUCUGAUUUUAUAGCACAUGAGGCUAACUUUUCUUGCAGUGCUUUCAAUGAUAUGCUGUUUCUGUGUGAGAAAUAUGGCCCUGUGGAGAGUCUCGAAAAGUACGAUCCGGAGAAAGAUAUCUCGGUCACAGGCGCUUAUGUUCAUUUUGAUAUUCUUGGGGGAAAUGUUUAAAGAGUUAACAAAUGUACUUAGUUUGUAACGUGCGUACUUGGCCUCGAUAAUCCUCAAGAAAAUAACAGAUGAACACCGCUAGAUAAGAACCGAUCGAGCAGAAAUGAAAUCUCUUGGGAGAAGCUAGAACAAUAAAGUCUAGAGUUUUCCAAGGAACGAGUUGAAUCUUACAAAUGAUUCUAGGAGACUCGAUUAAAAUAACUGCGAUAGUCUUUGUCUCCUCUGGCAUAACGACGAGGGAAAAACGAUCAUGGAUUCUUAGCACUGGCAUUGUGUCUGAUCAGACAUGUAGGUAAUCGCUAUCAACCGUGGCGAUAUCAAGGUCACAUCUCGACACUCCAAAAUGCUUUAUAGGCAUUUUUGAGAUUUUUAAAUUCUGCAGCUUUGCCUUGACACCCUUGGUCGUAAACUCCACGAAGAGGUAUUGGGGAAGGCUGGGAAGCGAAGUUGGGGAUGGUGAUUAUCGUACCCCAGGAUAAGCAAGGAUUAUGAUCCUGAUCUGGUUGACAGUGCAGUACCAACCGCAUGGCCCCCAAUAUGCAUCGCAUUUAGCGCGCGGCUUGAUUAGAAUCUUUGACCGAAAAAAUUCACAGUUCUGAUGGGAAUAGGGUUCGAAAGCCUCGUACAUCCUGGCCAGGUUCCUUCAACAGAAAGAAAUAUAAAGGUUUCGGAAUUCUGCGGUUGAGGCAUCAUCAAACUACACCUAAGGCACUGGGGUGACAUCUUCUGCAGUUCCAAAGUUCAAGGCUGUGAAGUAGCAACCCCCAUACUGAUAAAGGCAGUUGAGCUGUCUUAUCCACCAAAGGGUAACCCCUCAUAAAUCAUGGUUGGUUGCAAUUAAACAUUUCGGGCUCGAUGAAUACUAAGAACAAUACUUGUUAGUUUCGAAAGUCUUUUGGCUUUAGGAAGAAAAGUAGUGAGAAGCAGCCUCUACGAAAAUUGUCACCACUUUCUGUAAGUUCUGAGUCUAGCAGUAUUGCUUCAAAUCUGAACAAUGGCGACGAAUCUGCCUUAUAUUUCCACCCUCAUCUAGAAGAAAUAGUAGACACCGGUUUCCAGACAUCUGCAACUCCCAAGACGUCUGAAUUCGCUUCUGACCCUCUGGGACUCAAUGUCGUUUACACACCCGAAAGUGGGCAUAAGGUUGACAUUGUGUUCGUGCAUGGCCUCGGGGGAACUAGCAGACUAUCUUGGUCAAAGCAUAAGAAUCUGGAGUUGCUUUGGCCUUUGACGUUUCUCCCUCUGGAACCAGAUAUCUGUCUUGCCAGGAUCCUUACCUUUGGAUACAACGCGACUAUUACCAAGGCAGGCAAUGUCAGCACAUCAGUGCUGGACUUUGCGAAAAGUCUGCUUUUCAGCCUCAAGUAUGGGACAAAUGAGCAAAAAGGGGAACUGAAUAUGGGUAAAGUAGGAAACCUGGGACGAUUUCAAAACGCUUUUGUGGGCUGGAAAAAGACUAAAAGUUCAUAGGUUCCUCUAAUAUUUGUGGUUCAUAGUAUGGGAGGUCUUAUCGUGAAAGAGGUAUAAAUGCCAGUUUCGUUUCCAAGAUCUUAUCUAAGUACUUUUUAUAGGCAUACAUGCAAGGCCAGAAUGACCCUGAACACGAAGAUAUAAUCAAAUCCAUUUCAGUAAUUACUUUUCUUUCAACACCCCACCGCGGAACGAAUCUAGCUGAGAUUUUGAAUCUCGUAUUGCAAUCAACAUUCAUAAGCAAUUCCAAACAGUAUAUUGCAGAAUUGGCGAAAAACUCUUUCACUUUACAAAGACUUAAUGAGCAAUUUCGACAUAUUGCCCCGAAGCUUGACAUUAUUUCUUUUUAUGAGCCUCAGCAUACAUCGAUCGGUCUCAGAAAUUUCCGUAUUGUGAGUUAAAGACCGGCUUUUAUAGUUUAUUAUGGCUGAUGUUGAAAGAUGAUCCUGGAAAGAGAUUCUUCUGUGCUUGGCUACCCAAGGGAAAUCUCAGUACCAUUGGAUGCAGAUCACCAUGGAGUUUGUAAAUACGACAGUCCUAGCGAUCCCAACUAUAUCAUGGUGAGGAACGUUCUCAAGUCACUCGUCAGGAAAAUUAUCGCAGCAAGUAGGUCCGAUGUGCCAGUUUCAAGUCCAAAGGAUUCGCAAGACCUGAAAUCUUCGCUAGCGAUAACAGAGCUGCCCGAUACUGACUAUGUCUUUUUCCGAGACCAAUGGACAUCUGGAACCAUCAAUUGGAUUCUGGAGGACCCAGCCUAUUUGGACUGGAUACUCCCAGGCGACAAACUCCCUCGAAUACUUUGGCUCGAGGGGGCUGCUGCAGUCGGCAAAUCUGUUUUAUCUUCCUUCAUUAUCAACAACAUCAUUGAACAAGGUGCCUGCUGUCAAUACUUCUUCAUACGAUUUGGUGAUCAAAGCAAACGGACGUUAAGCAAACUGCUACGUUCCAUCGCCUUUCAAAUGGCGCAAAGCAUACCGGAAUUUCAACGAAAAGUCCUUCACCUCGUAGAUGAAACCACCAAAUUUAGAACCGCCGACCCGAGGGCGAUUUGGGAACGGAUUUUCAAGUCCAUACUUUUCAAAAUGGAGAUUAAUUACCCAAUAUAUUGGGUUAUCGAUGGUAUCGAGGAGGCAGAUGAUCCUCGAACAGUGAUCAAAAUCUUUUCUGAGGUUUCAACAUCAUUACCAAUUCGAAUUUUGCUUGUUGGCCGUAAAACCUCGGAGAUAACGGCGGCAUUGCAAAAGAUACCUAGGGCACUUGGUUUUAAAACAAUACGAGUUGGAGGAAUAUUGGAUGAUUUCGUGUGUUAUAUUCGCCAGGAGCUCGAUAUGUCUGGCAUUCCUCAGUUCAGAGAGGAACUUGUUAAAAUGAUCAUUCAAGGAGCUCAGAAUAACUUUCUUGUAAGCUUCCCCCCGCCUUUUAGUACUGUUGAAGUUGACUAUACUCACUAAUCAUUAAGUGGGUGCGUCUAGCAGUAGAGAAGUUGAACCUAUGCCAUACGACGGCCGAUGUGGAGCGGACACUCAAGGAUUUACCACAUGGAAUGGAAGCACUAUAUGAUCGCAUGGCAUCUGGAAUCUCUGAAAACAUCUCUUUUACAGAAAAAGCCUUAGCAAAAACUAUCUUGGAAUGCGUUUCGUCUUCUUUGCGUGUUCUGACAGUCGCAGAACUUUCACAGGCCGUAGACAAAGACACCCUUGAAAUUCUGGAUUUUCAACGCUCGAUUGCAACUCUGUGCGGUGGAGUUGUUGUGAUCGACAACAAUGGAAAUGUUGCCAUGAUACAUCGAACUGCCCGCGAAUAUCUCCUUGGGGGAGACCGGCCAUUCAAUAUCAGUCGUGAAGCUGCCAAUGAGCGGCUGUUUCUAAGUUGUAUGCCUCAUGGCCGUUGGCCUCCGAACAAAAGUCAAUCGUAAUGAGCGGCCUGUUUUUCUAGAAUACUCCUCUUGUUCUUGGUCGUCACAUCUCUCGGCAAUGACGAUUGACUCUUCAGAAGCUCUCACCGUUCUAUGCAAAUUUCUGAAAGGCUACUGGAUUCUAACCUGGAUACAAAUUCUUUGCCGCUGGUAACCAACUGCAAGUACUUGUUCAAGCGUCGAAACAUCUGUCAAAGUUUUCUGCUAAACGGAAAGACUAUGACGCGAUGCUCAAUCCAAACGACCGUCAGAUAUUGCAGCGACUUUGUGACGGUUGGACUACCGACCUAGCCAAGAUCGUUGGGAAGUUUGGGGCAAUUUUUACAGAAAAAUCCUGAUGCCAUUUAUAAACUAAUACCUCCAUUCUGUCCGCAAAAGUCUUUGACGUACCAGUUGUUUGGAAAAAAGGAAUCGAAUUUUCUCUCGGUAACAGGCCUUUCAAGCGAGGACUGGGAUGACUCGUUAGCGCGUCUAUCAGUAGGAAGUCAUUAUUCCUCCUCCAUAACUGUUUCUGGAGGGCAAGUUGCUGUUUUGAGUGGUUCUGGCACGGUCACAAAUUUCAGUUCUUCGACCUCCACACAGGCCGGCUCGAUAGAUCAUGGUGAGCGCGUGUACCGGAUGGGCAUGAAUGACAGUGCAACACUGGUUGCUACUUAUGGCUACCGUACAACGAAAGUAUGGGAACUUACCACUGGAAGGUGCCAGCUUGUAGUAAGUAAUAUUGAAACAAAGCCUCGACCGCUUGCCAUAAAAUUUUCGAGAGAUGACAACACUCUGCUGGUUGGCAUGGAUGAUCGUGUGAUACGAUCGCUCGAUCUGAUACAAAACAGUGAGAGCAAGCCAACAUGGCAAGUUGUUGCAGAACUCGAAGAGCCAGAGAUAGAAGGGCAUUUCCUCAACUCUGCAAGCUAUAUGGCUUUGAGUGAUGAUGGGUCUCUGGCUGCUGUUGCUUAUCGAGGUCAGCCUAUGUCAGCUUGGGAGACAGAUGGACCAGUUCAUGUUGGUCACUGCUGGCGAGCCAGACAAGAAGUGGCAAGAGGAGAAGUGGCGGAGGCUUUCUGGCAUCCUUAAUCCUCCAGCUCUGUGGAAAUCAUUGGGCUUUAUACCGAAGGGGUGAUUUUUAAAUGGCGCCCUUACGAAGACGAGACUUCGGAAAUUUUCACUGGAGCAUCAAAACUGGCUAUCAGUAGUGAUGGAAACGUUUUUGUCACUGGUGAUGUCUAUGGAACAGUGAAGGUUUACAGCUCGCUUGAUUUUCGCUUGAUUUACCACCUUGGAUCUCAAGACACCGUACUAGGCCUCGCAUUUGGCCCUGAUGUAUCUCGAUUCUAUGAUAUUGGAGGCUAUUACGCAAAUGUCUGGGAGCCAAAUGCUUUAAUGAAACUUGCCGAACAGACCGAGUGGCGAGGUGACAGCGCAAGCGAAACAGAAAGUCUUGCUCGAAAAUCAGCAGUCUCUACCAGCUUGUUCAAAAGAAUCAACUCUCUGACAACACUUAUCGCCUCUCCAGCUAGCGGACUCUAUUGCUUUGGUACAGAAAAAGGAACUGUUCAUCUGUAUGAUGUUCGAAAAGGAAAGCUUGCCGAUGUUCACGCAUCCAAAAGCUUCAUGAGUAUAGAGCAAAUGUCUUGGAGUAGCAACGGGAAAGCAUUCUGCUUCUGA